AUGUCCGGACUCUUCUUCGCUGUGUCCAGAAUCUUCUCUGCCGCCGCCAUAUCUGGAAUCUACCCCACCGCCAUGUCCAGCGCCAUCGUCUUUGUGUCGAUCGGGAUAGCCGAGAUCGGCAUCGGCGUCGGCGUUGUGGGUACUGCUUCAGUGCUUGGCAUCGGCGUUGUGGGUACAGCUUCAAUGCUCGGCGUCAGCGUAGGCGUAGUCGUGGUCGUGGCUAUGGGCGUGGGAGCGGGUGUGGUCACCGCCGGUCCCGCCAUCUGGUUCAAGAUGAGGCCACGCUCCGCCAGGUACCACGCCUUCACCUACUCGUCCAUCGUCGACAUGUCUGCUAGGCCAUACAGGGUGCGGGCGACGGGUUGCGGGCGCGCCCCGUUCGGGCGCACGCCCAGGGGCACGCGGGCGUGGGCGCUGGCGGCCACGGCGGGGCACGGCGCCGGCCAGGGGUGGGCGCAGCCCGGCUGGUCCCUGGCGUCGGCGGGGGCGGAGGAAGGCGUCGGCCAGGGCAAGGGACAGAGGAGGCGCGGCCGUGGGCGCGCGGGAGGAGCGGAGCAGCAGCGGCGGGACAGGGGCGGCCGGGGUGAGGCCACGACGGGCGCAGGCCUCGGCGGCCAGAGCGAAGGAGGGGGCCGCGGGGGCGCGGGCCGGCAGCCAGGUGCGGGUGUGCGCGACGGGGCAGAACGGGGCGAGGCCGGGCGGAGCUGCGGGAGGCGGGGCGCGCGAGGGGCCUGGCCGCAGCAGCAGCAGAACAGCAGCAGGCGGGAGGCGCAGGCCACGGCGGCGCUCGGCCACGCGAGCAGGGGAGCAACGCGCGGCGGCGGUGCGUAG